CGGUGCCGGCCGUGGCGGGUGCUCGCUCGGGCCCGCGCCUCGCCUGACCCGCGGUAUUUAUUUCGGUAUUUCUACGUGUGCUGAUGUGUUUCUGUCCCACGCCCGCCGCGAGGGCUGCGCGGCUGCGCUGGCUGCCUCGCCGCGCCGCUAGGGUUAGCUCUCCCACUUCCCGCCACUCGCCGGCGUGGCGGGGUGGGGCGGGGCGGCUGCCGCGGUCCGAGGGGCAGGCGCGGUGGCGGGGUGGAGCGGGCCCCGCGGCGGGGCGCUGCGGCGGCGGCUAGUCGCGAAGGAGUGAGGGGUUCUGCUCCCUCUGCCCUGCCCCGCCCGCCAGUCCCUCCCCGGCCGCGGUGCGCGAGCCACCCCAUCCUGGCCAUGCUGCACGCCGAUGUGCGCGUCCGGCCCCGCGUCAGGCCAUGCGCGCUGUGAGCGCCGAGGGUCCAGCCUGGUCCAGCCCAGGCCGUCCAGUGCAACGAGGCUCCUCAGGGCGACGCCGCGGACAUCUGAACGCUCCCCCACGACCUGCGCGGCGACGGCGACGAGUUGGACGACAAGAUGUUCCGGACGGUGGAGACGGCGCGGGCGCGGAUUGUCGUGGCGCGGAGGCAGAGCGGAGAGACUGGCCGCGGGCUCCGCGGGUGGACACGAUGACCCCGGCCUGGCCGCUAGGGUCUCGCCAUUGGCUUGCUUGGUGUCGCCGGGCGACGGGGCGACUCGUCCGCGUUACUGGCGUAGCGUAGUAUGACUGUGAGCUACCAGUAUGAGGUGGCCUCCUCCACCUCGGGGGGCUUCACCCGCCUCCUCUUCAUGUGGAGGGGCUCCCUGUACAAGCUCAUCUACCGCGAGCUGCUGCUCUUCCUGCUGGCCUUCGGCAUCCUCAGCGCUCUCUACAGAAACCUCUUCACCGUGGAUCAGAAACGGCUCUUCGAGAAGGUGGUCGUGUACUGCGACACCUUCAUCAACCUCAUUCCAUUGUCCUUCGUGCUGGGCUUUUACGUGGCGUACGUCGCUGCCCGCUGGUGGAACCAAUACCUCGCCAUUCCCUGGCCAGACAAGUGAGUAUGUCGCAGGGGUGCGACGCGUCGUUACAGCCCUCGUUGGAGUUGAAGAUGUGCGUGUCGCGUGUCGUGUCAUAUGGCGCGGCACGACGCGUCGCGCGCGGCUCGGCCGAUUCAGCCGCGCAGCCUCCCCAAGAGCUCACCGUCAUCCCCCUGCGGCUGGGGCCGUGCCCAAACAGCUGAGAGGAGAGUGGGCCCUCCCCCGCAGGGCCCCGCCCCACACCUUUCCCCAACAGCACACACCUUGUGUCCCCCCCAGACCCACGCGCGUCUGCCCCCCCCCCUCCCCACCGCACCGGGGGAAUCUACCCGCCGUGCCGUACGCCUUCCGGCCGCCAGGGUGUAUCGGGCCAGCAUGCGCGUGUGCGUGCGUGUGUGUGUGUGUGUGCCCGCCAUUUCCUUUUCAAUAAACAAACUUCCUCCUCAGGAAGGUCUGCCCUUCUUUUAGUCGAGCAUUUCUCGUCUGCCUGAUUAAUCAUCGGCGACGUCGGGGGCGGGUCGCGGUAUGUCACGUUACCGUCAUGAACGUGUCUCGUCCCGAAGGUCGCUCCCCCCCCCUCCCCCCGCCCCGCAGCAGUGUCCACAACAUUAUCCAAUG